AUGCCGCUGUCUGCAAUUUGGACGAGAAGAGCAGCCAACGAUGCAGCGUCGAGCAUCUACAGUCGAGAACCUGAAGUCGCCCCAGUUCCUCCGCUCUCCAUCCUGCGCAAGGGGAGGAGACCAACCGACUUUCCUGCAAGGCAUGAUCUCCCGGAAAUCAACCUGAUCGACCAUCAAAUUGCGCUGGCCCGGGGAACAACCAUGGCCCUGGAGACGACCCGUGUGCGGCUUCGGAAUGCCAAAAAGAACGAGAAGUGGCGACAAUGGAAGCGCCAGGAAGAUGAGAACCGGUUCUUCCGCACAUGCCUCAGAAUCUUCGACGACCUCGCGGCCGUGGCAGUCGAGGUUUCCGAUGAUCUGAUCCUGCAGCAUGAAUUUGAACCCGAAGUCAGUCCGGUGGGAAACCGACGCAUCCUCUUAGGCAUGCGCAAGCUACAAGAGGCCCUGGCCGACUCGCACGGGAAGGAAGCUCGGGCCAGAGAAGAAUGGGACCGUCGCCUGAACCUUCCCAAUAUCCGUGCCCCACUACCGCAGUGGAUAUGA